AUGAGUACCUUAGUAUGGAACUGUCUAGGGCUUGGGAACCCUCAGACAGUUAAGAUCCUUAGGCUUUUAACUAAGGAAAAGUGGCCCAACCUAGUCUUUCUUGUGGAGACUAAGAGUAGGAAGAAGAGAAUGGAGGAGGUGAUGAGGAUUUUGAAGAUGGAUGGGUGUUUUGCAGUGGAUUGUGUGGGUUUGAGUGGGCGUAUCGCCCUACUAUGGAAGGAGGCGUGGCAAGUCAACAUAAUAAACUACACGAGAUGGCAUAUCAGUGCUCUGAUUAAGGAAAGGAACAAUGGACCUACAUGGCAAUUUAUAGGGUUUUAUGGCCACCCUGACACGGCUAAAAGAAGCAGCAGCUGGCAAUUAUUGAAGAUGCUGAAACCACCUAGUCCUAUGGCCUGGAUGUGUGCAGGUGAUUUCAACGAGAUCCUUCAUCAAAAUGAAAAAGUGGGUGGAGCAAGUAGACCAUAUAAGCAAAUAGAGGUAUUUAGGUUGGCAGUUGAAGCUUGUGGUCUCAAUGAUAUCCAUUCUCAGCGGCUAUGGUUCACAUGGUCUAAUAACAGGAGUGGAAUGGUGUUCACAAAAGAAAGGAUAGAUAGAGCUUUGGCAAACAAGGAAUGGAAUGAGGAAUUUAAGAAGGGUUCGUGCACUGCCCUUGCCACAAUAAGAUCUGAUCAUUCUCCCCUUAUCAUUGAAAACUAUAAGGGAGGUAAUAGGGGGAAAAAAGGAGGGAGGUGCUUUAGGUGCGAGGUGGCCUGGGAAAUGAGAGGUGGUUGCAUGGAGACAAUAACAAAGGCAUGGAAGACAGAAUAUGGGAGAGGCUGUGAUGCUAGAGUACUAAGACAGAAACUUGAUGCUUGCCAAAAGGAUCUGAUUAUUUGGAAACAGAAAAGCCAAAAGGAAAGUCAACUGUCAACCUUAAAAGGGAUGGCAAAGAUUGGCCACCUUCAAAGCACUGGUAUAGGUGAUCAUCUCAUACAAAUGAAGCGUGUUCAGAAGGAAGUGGAGGUAUCUUUGGCAGUAAAGGAUUUAAAGUGGCGACAAAGGGCAAAGCAACAUUGGCUCAAACAUGGUGACAAGAACACUCAAUAUUUCCACAUGCAGGCCAGUCAAAGAAGGAAAACCAAUGCAAUCCAAUCUGUUGAAGAUACAUGGGGGAGAGUUGUCACUGAGCAGACAGAUAUCGGGGACGUGUUCACAAGGUACUUCUCAUCUCUUUUCACUACUUCUCACCCAUCUAAGUUUGAGGAGUGUCUAGUGGCUAUGGACACCAAGCUGACCGUGGAGAUGAAAGGCUGGCUAAUGACCCCUUUCACCGAGAGGACAUUAGAGCUGCAGUUUUUCAAAUGA